AUGGAUUAUUUAUUUUGGAGAAUUGAUCCAAAACCGGAAAAUCAUCAAUUUGUGUGGAUUCUAUGGUACAUUUGGAAAGGAAGGAAUCUAAAGGUCUUUAGUAAUCUAGAUGUUGAUCCGAGAGAUACACUGAGAUUGGCGGAAACAGAAUCAGCAUUAUGGAUUGCAGCACAGGAUACGACUACACAACGUCAAGUACAACAGGUUGCUAGUAGCAACACAGAACCAAGACAGAGGAGAUGGUGUUUUACUGAUGGUUCAUGGAAAGACAAUGACAAAGCCUCGGGACAAGGUUGGUAUAGUACUUUAGAAGGUUUUGAUAGUUUAAUGGGAGCAAGGAAUGUUAGAGCGAGUCUCUCCCCUCUUCAUGCUGAAGUGGAGGCGUUGAUAUGGGCAAUGGAAUAUUUGCUUAAUGCUUAUAUACGUCCUGACGAUGUGAAGAUUAUUAGAGACUUGGCGGAGAUUCUCCGUAUAGCUGAAGUGGAAAGAAUGCUUUGGGCAGAAGCACAACUGAUGGUGAAUUUGCACGAGGUGUGA